AAACAAAGCAAAAACAUGACUCAUUUUCGCCCGCCUAACUGUCAAACGCCGCGGCGAAACCGUGAAAACAUUCUUCCAUUCAUCACGAGAACGAGGCUGUGGCUGAGGCACUCGCGGUGUGAAGAAAAAGGAACCAUCGUCGUCCCCGAGGAAGUGAGUGCGAACUGAGGAAAAAGGAAGUAAACCAAAGCCAGUCUCAAGAUGAUGUCCUUACCGGGAAGUAUCGCCUUCGAUGAGUACGGGCGACCGUUCAUCAUCCUGCGGGACCAGGAGAACCAGAAGCGACUCACCGGCAACGAGGCCAUCAAGAGUCACAUCCAAGCAGCGAAGCAGAUCGCUCAUAUCAUCCGGACCUCGCUGGGACCAAAGGGUUUGGACAAGAUGAUGGUCAGCGGAGAUGGAGAGGUGACCGUGACCAACGAUGGUGCCACCAUUCUGAAGUUGAUGGAUGUGGACCAUGAGAUCGGAAAGUUGAUGGUUCAACUCAGCCAGUCCCAGGACGAUGAGAUUGGAGACGGAACGACCGGUGUUGUGGUGCUGGCCGGAGCUCUGCUGGAGCAGGCUGAGUCCCUGUUGGAUCGUGGCAUCCAUCCAAUUCGUAUCGCUGAUGGUUUCGAGCUGGCGGCUCAAUGUGCUAUCAAGCACCUGGAUUCAGUGGCUGAACCGUUCCCGAUCUCCCGCGAUAACAAGGAACCGUUGAUCGAGGUGGCAAUGACGACGCUGGGAAGCAAGAUCGUCAACAAGUGCCACCGACAGAUGGCGGAGAUUGCCGUGGACGCGGUUUUGACCGUGGCCGAUCUGGAGAAGAAGGAUGUCAACUUCGAGCUGAUCAAGCUGGAGUGCAAAGUGGGAGGCCGCAUGGAGGACACUUGCCUGGUUAAGGGUGUUGUAGUGGACAAGACUAUGUCCCAUUCGCAGAUGCCCAAAACCCUGAAGGAUGUCAAGCUGGCCAUCCUGACCUGCCCGUUCGAACCGCCAAAGCCCAAGACCAAGCAUAAGUUGGAUGUUACCUCGGCCGAGGACUACCGCAAGCUGCGCGAGUACGAACAGGAAAAGUUCUUGACCAUGGUCAAGCAGGUCAAGGAUGCCGGAGCUACGCUGGCCAUUUGUCAGUGGGGCUUCGACGAUGAGGCGAACCAUCUGCUGCUGCAGCAGGAACUGCCGGCGGUUCGUUGGGUUGGUGGUCCGGAAAUCGAGCUGAUUGCCAUUGCCACCGGAGGACGAAUUGUGCCGCGAUUCGAGGAACUGACCCCCGACAAGCUCGGUUAUGCCGGAUUGGUGAGAGAGCUGAGCUUCGGAACGACCAAGGACAAGAUGUUGGUCAUCGAGGAGUGCAAAAACACCCGCGCGGUCACCAUUCUGAUCCGAGGUGGCAACCAGAUGAUCACAGCCGAAGCUAAGCGAUCGAUCCACGAUGCCCUGUGUGUGGUUCGGUCCCUCAUCCAGGACUCCCGCAUCGUGUACGGCGGUGGUGCUGCGGAAAUCAGCUGCUCGUUGGCCGUCGCCCGCGAAGCUGACCAACUGUCCACGCUGGAACAGUAUGCCUUCCGUUCGUUCAGCGUCGCCCUGGAAUCGGUGCCGUUGGCUUUGGCCGAGAAUAGCGGUCUGCCUCCGAUCG